AUGAGUUUUGGAAGCUUCCUGGACAGCAGCAGCGCUGGUGCAACGGUGGUGGUGGACAUUCCCUACAGCAGUGCCACAGCCGGCAUGCCUGCCGGCGUUAUGUCGCAGCCGCGUCUCCUCUCCCCUUCGCUUCCCAAGUCCAUCUUCUCCUCGCCGAGCCUCUCUCUAGCCCUCGUAAGCCCAGCUCAGCCUCCCAUCGUCGCGAAGCCUAGCGUCCAUCCAUUAUUUUCUUCUGUCGGGAUUUUUUUCUGAUGUUAUUUGUUCGUCAUUCUCUUAUGAUUUCCAUCCGGUUUAGAAUUGCGCAACCCACCCGUGCAUGAUUAUCUUGUCUCCGAAUUUCUGAGCAGACGAACCUGGAAGGCGGUGGAGUCGGCGGUGUAAGCGGAGGCCACAACGAUAUGUUCAGACAGAUUGCCGGUGUGGGGGAUUUCGACUCGCCGGGGGGUGGCGGAUUCACCGUUGGCGCGGGCUUCGCCGGGAAGUCCAACGGCGGUCAGAGGGAGGACGAGAACGAGAGCAGAUCGGGGAGUGACAACAUGGAGGGCGGCUCGGGGGACGACAACGAUCCGGAGAACCCUCCGAAGAAGAAGAGAUAUCACCGCCAUACUCCAUGGCAGAUCCAGGAGCUCGAAACGUGCGCUCUCUCUCUCUCUCUCUCCCUCUCUCCUCUCUCUCCCUACUGAUUGCGUCUCUCAUCACUGCUCAUGCAGGUUGUUCAAAGAAUGUCCUCACCCUGAUGAGAAGCAGAGGUUGGAGCUGAGCAAGAAGCUAUCCUUGGACAGCCGCCAGGUCAAGUUCUGGUUCCAGAACAGACGCACACAGAUGAAGGUAAUCGAUCUCCUCCGAAUAUUUUCUUUCCGUUUUCUCGAUCUAUCUGUCUCUCACAGCAGAUCACCGGAUGAUGGUGCAGACCCAGCUGGAGCGGCAUGAGAACGCUCUCCUCAGGCAGGAGAACGAGAAGCUGAAGAUGGAGAACAUGCACAUCCGCGAGUCGAUGAGGAACCCCAUGUGCCAGAACUGCGGCGGCGCCGCCACACUGGGGCAGGUUUCGAUGGAGCAGCAGCAGCUGAGGCUGGAGAACGCCCGUCUCAGGGACGAGCUUGACCGUGUCACUGCUCUGGCCGGUCGGUUCAUAGGCAGGCCGAUUGGUUCCUUCGUCGGCCAGCUCCCUCACAUGCCCGACUCGUCGCUGGAGCUGGCUGUCGGCGGCAACGGGUUCGCCGGACUCUGCCCCGUCCCCUCCGCUCUCCCUCCGGUGACGGACUACGUCACCGGAAUCUCUAACGGGAUGCCCAUCGUGGCGCCGCCAUCGGUGCGCCCCGUUGCCCCGGUUGGGGAAGUCGACCGGUCCUUCGAGAGGUCCAUGCUGGUGGAGCUCGCCCUCGCCGCCAUGGACGAACUUGUGAAGAUGGCGCAAAUGGAGGAGCCCCUCUGGGUUCGCGACGGAUCUGGCAGGGAAGUUCUAAACAGCGAGGAGUACGCUCGCGUUUCCUCCCAUUGCCUCGGUUCUAAGCCAGUGGGAUUCGUGACGGAGGCCACGAGAGAGAGCGGCAUCGUCAUCAUCAACAGUUCCGCCCUCGUCGAGACGCUGAUGGAUGGGGUGAGCUCUCUCGCCCUCUCUUACCCAGUUCGGGUCUGAAUCUUCUUCCUCGUGAUCUGCUAUUAGUCUCACACGAUUUAUUUCUUGCAGAAACGCUGGCCGGAAAUGUUCCCCACCAUGAUCGCGAAGAACUCUCCGACGGAUGUCAUCUACGUAGGAAUGGGAGGGACGAGAAACGGCACACUUCAGCUCGUAAGCGUUCCCUUCUGCUUUCUUCAUUCCAUUUCCAGACCGGACCGGUGUUCUACCAGUCGGGCAGAGGGUUGACUUCGGGAUGUCCGCAGAUGCGCGCGGAGCUCCAAGUUCUCUCGCCGCUCGUGCCCAUCCGAGAAGUCAACUUCCUCAGGUACUGCAAGGAGCACGCCCAGGGCGUGUGGGCCGUGGUGGACGUCUCCGUGGAACCAAUCACUGGCGGCUCGCCGGGCCUUCACCAGUCGGUCAGCUGCCGGAGGCUCCCCUCCGGCUGCCUGGUGCAAGACAUGCCAAAUGGGUACUCCAAGGUGCGCUCGCCUCUCCUUCUCGUUAUCGUUGGUUUCUCCGCUUCCGUCCACCUCCCCGUGAUUCUCCAAUCCCCUGGCAAAUUAUCACACUAGGAAACAGUCUAGUUUAUCUCAGGCUCAAUAAAUUCUCUGGGCAAAGAUGGGAUUCGCCCGGCGGUGGGCGUGACGCAGUUCCUUGAGGCCCUAGAUUAUUUUAGAGCUUAGCAGCCAUGAUGGUGGAGCUCGAGCUUCCAGAAAUCUUGUUGGGUCUUGCGCCCUCCCCCCCCCCCCACACCCAACCAUCCCCCUCCUAUCCGUUGGUCAAACCCGAGAUGGAUCAGCGGCCAAUGGGUGCUCUCUUGCGCCCAAAGGUCAAUGAACAGAUCCCGGCUUUCCUCCCGAGUCUCUGCCUAGCGGGAUUUUCUAGAGUUUCCGAAUGUAGGAGAAGAGGCUCUUCUCCCCCCGCCUGGUGCAGCCGUCCCCGGCCAUAUUGAAUUUCCUUGACCUCGGCCCUCGUGCGAGAGCCCUUGGAAUCAAGAACGUGUUUUUAUGUUUCUAGACCGCGUCUUCUCCUACAUUAACUAUUCCUUGGUUCUUUCUAUUCCCCCUCUGCAGACUGGGCCUAUCUGACGUCUCUCUUCGACCUCCCCCUUCCCUCUAAGCUAAGCAAGCCUCUUUGCUUAGACUAAUCGAUAAAUGCCUCGCAGUAGCAGUCUUAGAGUUCCGCUCCCAGCUGGUUAUAAUUCCUAUGUUAGAUAGAAGAUUGGGGUGAUUGGUGGAUGUUAACGGCGGCGUCUCCUCGCCAUCUUUACUCGUCCAACGAAGCCGUCUGCUGUGGCGCAGGUCACGUGGGUGGAGCACGCGGAAUACGACGAGUCUGGAGUUCACCUGCUCUACCGGCCGCUGCUCCGCUCCGGCAUGGCGCUCGGCGCGCAGCGGUGGGUGGCCACCCUCCAGCGGCAGUGCGAGUGCCUCGCCGUCCUCAUGUCUUCCGUCCUCUCCAACCGAGAGCUGCCAAGUAUGGUCUUCGUCUCAAUUCUCCGGCCGACGAUAACGAUGACGACGAUGAUCGUGGAUUAGUCACUAAUCUGGUUAUUUUACUGCGUCUGGUUGCGCUACCAGUGACGGGGAUCACGGCGGCGGGACGGCGGAGCAUGCUGAAGCUGGCGCAGCGGAUGACGGCCAACUUUUGCGCGGGUGUGUGCGCCUCGUCGGUGCACAGCUGGGCGAAGCUGAACAUCGGCGCCGUUGGGGAGGACGUGCGGGUGAUGACCCGCAAGAGCGAGAACGACCCCGGGGAGCCACCGGGGGUAGUGCUUAGCGCCGCCACCUCCGUAUGGCUGCCCUCCGCCCCCCAGCGUGUCUUCGACUUCCUCCGCAACGCGUCGCUGCGCAGCGAGUGGGACAUCCUCUCCAACGGCGGCCCCAUGCAGGAGAUGGCCCACAUCGCCAAGGGCCAGGACCAGGGCAACGCCGUCUCCCUCCUCCGCGCCAGCGUAAGUAACGGCCUCCACCAUCCUUAUCCAUCUUUCACCUUCCUUCAAUCUCCGCCUCGUUUCCUGUGUGGUGGGAUGACUUAUUCGUUCACCCUUCGCCUUCGCUGUCCUCUUUACAUUCCGGUGGCUGCCGGAGAGUCAUCAUUUCCGUUGUAGUACACGACACAGGUAGAGUAAACUAGUGAGAAAGGGUGUGGAGGCAUUGACAUGACUCCCCCCCUCUGCGGCUUUGUUCUUUUCCGGCUGAGAGAUCCGCCUUGUACGCCGCCGGUCGACUGAUAUUAUCACUCACCGUCGUCGUCUUCUUCCUGAAAACUCCCCCGUUUUCAUCAUGUGCAGGCCGGCGGCGCGAACCAAAGCAGCAUGCUGAUCCUGCAGGAGACUUGCACCGACGCGUCGGGCUCGCUGGUGGUGUACGCUCCCGUGGACAUCCCCGCCAUGCACCUCGUCAUGAACGGCGGCGAUUCUUCCUGCGUCGCGCUGCUUCCCUCGGGGUUUGCUAUCUCCCCCGACGGGCCUGACCUGCGGGGAUCACAGCAGCAGUCACACAAUGGCGGCGGUAGCAGCCCGCCGCCACCGGCCGCCUCCGGGUCCCUGCUCACGGUUGCUUUUCAGAUCCUGGUCAACAGCCUGCCCACCGCCAAGUUGACGGUAGAGUCCGUCGAAACGGUCAACAACUUGAUAUCCUGCACCGUUCAGAAGAUCAAGGUCGCCCUGCACUGCGACAACUGA